CCCCCCUGCCCCCAACACUGGGCCUGGGGCCAGCUGCAUUUCUUGGUUGUCACGUGGUUUCCCAGCUUAGCUGGCCCAGGGGAGGAGCAAGGUCCAGAGUCUACUCUGCUCCAAGCCCGAGGCCAACCAGAGAGGAGCAGACAGACGCACGGGUCUGAUCGCUCCUGGUCUUGCAGCCAUGCGGCUCCUCUGGGGGCUGAUCUGGGCGGCCAGCUUCGCCUUGUCUCUGCAGGAGCCCAGGUUGCUCCUGUUUUCUCCUUCCGUGGUUCACCUGGGGGCCCCCCUGUCGGUGGGGCUCCAGCUCCAGGAUGCUCCUCGGGGACAGGAAGUGAGAGGGUUCCUGUUCCUGAGAAACCCGUCCCAUCACAAUGCCCCCUGCUCCCCGAAGGUGGACUUCCUCCUCACCUCGGAGCAGGACUUCGUUCUCCGCAGCCUCCAGAUACUCCCCAACGGUGCCGACAGCUGUGGCCUCAAAAGCCUCCGAGGAGGCCCCAAGAUCCAGCUGGUGGCCCAGUCGCCAUGGCUGAAGAGCGCUCUGUCCAAAAACGUGGACACUCAGGGCAUCAACCUGCUCUUCUCCUCUCGCCGGGGGCACCUUUUCCUGCAGACCGACCAGCCCAUCUAUAACCCUGGCCAGCGGGUUCGGUACCGGGUCUUUGCUCUGGAUCAAAAGAUGCGCCCAUCCACAGACAGCCUCACAGUCACCGUGGAGAACUCUCAGGGCCUCCUUGUGCGGAAGAGGCAGGUGUACGCUCCCUCGUCCAUCUUCCAGGACGACUUUGUGAUCCCCGACAUCUCAGAGCCAGGGACCUGGAGGAUCUCGGCCAGAUUCUCGGACAGCCCGGACUCCAACCACAGCACCCAGUUCGAGGUGAAGAAGUAUGUCCUUCCCAACUUUGAGGUGAAGAUCAUCCCUGGGGAGCCCUACAUCCUGACAGCAGCUGGCGUUCUCGGUGACAUCCAGUUAGACAUCCAGGCCAGGUACAUCUACGGGAAGCCAGUGCAGGGGGUGGCGUACGUGCGCUUUGGGCUCCUGUAUGAGAAUGGUGACAAGACUUUCCUCCGGGGACUGGAGAAUCAGACCAAGGUAGGAAGGAGGCUGGAGCUGAGUGUGGACCAGCGCAAGGACUAUCCUGGGGAGAUGCUGAAGCUCCAGCUGCACACGGACUCUGCGGCCCUGGUGGCCCUGGGGGCUGUGGACAUGGCUCUGUACGCCGCGGGCGGCAAGGCCCACAAGCCCCUGGACAUGGGCAAGGUCUUCGAAGUCAUGAGCAGCUACGACCUCGGGUGUGGUCCUGGGGGCGGGGACAGCGCCCUGCAGGUGUUUGAGGCGGCUGGGCUGGCCUUUUCUGACGGACACCGAUUGACUUCGACCAGAAAUAGUCUGAGUUGUCCCAAGGAGCAGAAAACCCGGAAAAAGAGAAACUUCCAGUUCCAGAAAGCAAUUAGCGAGAAGUUGGGCCAGUACACUUCCCCAGUGGCCAGGCGCUGCUGCCAGGACGGACUGACGCGGCUGCCCAUGACCCGCUCCUGCGAGCAGCGGGCGGCCCGGGUGCCGCAGCUGGCCUGCCGGGAGCCCUUCCUGUCGUGCUGCCAGUUUGCCGAGGUCCUGCGCAAGAAGACCCGGGCCAGGGGCCAGGUGGGCCUCGCCCGAGCCCUGGAGGUCCUGCAGGAGGAGGACCUGAUGGAGGAAGACGAUAUUCCUGUGCGCAGCUUCUUCCCGGAGAACUGGCUCUGGAGGGUGGAGACCGUGGACCGCUACCUCCAGUUGUCGCAGCUGCCGAUCCCUGACUCUCUGACCACCUGGGAGAUCCACGGCGUGAGCCUGUCCAAAACGACAGGCCUGUGUGUGGCCACGCCAGUCCGGCUCCGAGUGUUCCGCGACUUCCACCUGCACCUCCGCCUGCCCAUCUCCGUUCGCCGCUUUGAACAGCUCGAGCUGCGGCCUGUCCUGUACAACUACCUGGACACAGAUCUGACCUUGAGCGUCCACGUGGCCCCGGUGGACGGGCUGUGCCUGGCUGGGGGCGGAGGGCUGGCCCAGCAGGUGCUGGUGCCCGCACACUCUGCCCGGCCUGUGGGCUUCUCUGUGGUGCCCACGGCGGCCGCCGCCGUGUCCCUGAAGGUGGUGGCUCGAGGGUCCAUGGAGUUUCCUGUAGGGGACGCAGUGUCUAAGAUUCUAAAAAUUGAGAAGGAAGGCGCCGUCCACAUGGAGGAGCUGGUGUAUGAGCUCAACCCCCUGGACCACCGAGGCCGGACCCUGGAAAUUCCUGGCAACUCUGAUCCCAAUAUUAUCCCCGAUGGAGACCACAGCAGCUUUGUCAGGGUCACAGCCUCAAGUCCACUGGACACCCUGGGCUCCGGGGGAGCCUUGUCAGCAGGAGGCGUGGCCUCUCUCCUGAGGCUGCCACGGGGCUGCGGGGAGCAAACCAUGAUCUUCUUGGCUCCGACCCUGGCUGCUUCCCGCUACCUGGACAAGACGGAGCAGUGGAGCAGGCUGCCCCCAGAGACCAAGGACCACGCGGUGGACCUGAUCCAGAAAGGGUACAUGCGGAUCCAGCAGUUCCGGAAAGCGGACGGCUCCUAUGGGGCGUGGCUACAUCGGGACAGCAGCACCUGGCUCACAGCCUUUGUGUUGAAGAUACUGAGUUUGGCCCAGGAGCAGGUGGACGAUUCACCUGAAAAGCUGCAGGAGACGGCCAAGUGGCUGCUGUCCCAGCAGCAGGCCGACGGUUCCUUCCGGGACCCCUGCCCCGUUAUCCAUAGGGGCAUGCAGGGGGGCUUGGUAGGCAGUGACGAGACGGUGGCCCUGACGGCCUUUGUGGUCAUCGCCCUUCAUCACGGGCUGGCCGUCUUCCAGGACAGGAGUGCAGAGCAGCUGAAGCAGAGAGUGGAAACUUCCAUCUCGAAUGCAAACUCAUUUUUGGGGGCGAAAGCAAGUGCUGGGCUCCUGGGUGCCCACGCAGCCGCCAUCACGGCCUACGCACUGACGCUGAGCAAGGCCCCUGAGGACCUGCGGGACGUGGCCCACAACAACCUCAUGGCCAUGGCCCAGGAGACCGGCGAUAAGCUGUACUGGGGCUCGGUCAUCAAUUCUCAGAGCAACGUCGUGUCGGCCACGCCGGCUCCUCGCAGCCCGGCAGACCCCGUGCCCCAGGCCCCGGCCCUGUGGAUUGAAACCACAGCCUACGGCCUGCUGCACCUGCUGCUCCGGGAGGGCCGGGCAGAGAUGGCGGACCAGGUCGCAUCCUGGCUCACCCACCAGGGCAGCUUUCCAAGGGGGAAUCCCGCAGCCACCCAGGACACGUUGAUCGCCCUGGACGCGCUGUCUGAGUACUGGAUCGCCUCCCACACUGCCGAGGAAGGGGGGCUCAACGUGACCCUCAGCUCCCAGGGCCGGAGUGGGUUCAAGUCCCACGUGCUGCAGCUGAACAACCACAAAGCGCAGGGGGUGCAGGAGGAGCUGCAGUUUUCCUUGGGCAGCAAGAUUAACGUGAAGGUGGGAGGAAACAGCAAAGGAACCUUGAAGGUCCUCCGUACCUACAACGUCCUGGACAUGCAGAACACGACCUGCCAGGAUCUCCAGAUCGAGGUGACGGUCCUGGGCCACGUGGAGUACACAAUGGCAGCCGAGGAGGACUACAAGGACUACUACGACUACGAGAACCAGGGGGACUCCGAGACGGGCUUCGCUGGAGACGACCCGGGGGCCCUUUCCCGGCCCGUGACACCCCUGCAGCUGUUUGAGGGGCGGAGGAGCCGCCGCAGAAGGGAGGUACCCAAGGCGGCCGAGGAGCAGGAGGCCCGAGUGCAGUACACCGUGUGC